ACCACCACCCAGCACCCUCACAAGAUGGCCACCGUCCCGCCGUCCGCCGUCGUGCCGCUCGAGGAGCGCCCGCUCGAGGAGCGCUUCACGCUGCCCGACAUGACGCCCGUGCAGUACCGCGAGGCGGACUCGCACGACCGCAUCGACGUGCAGCUCGGCGCGGCCGCGCAGAAGGACAGCGAGCUGGCGCCGCUGGCGGCGUUUGUCAAGACGGACGUGCAGAGCCGCAUCAGCCUGCACGGCGCCGUCAAUGCCGACCGCGCCGUGAGCGAGCAUGUGUGGGAGUUCCGCGCGCCCGGCGACGCCGCCGUCGAGAUCUCGGCGUUUGACGCCUGGGCGGCGCUGUAUGCGUUCUGGGUGCGCCGCGACCACCUCGAGCGCCAGCCCGUGCAGCUGGGCGCCUCGCUCGCCAACCGCGACCAUCUCUACGCCUUCAUCACGCAGACCGGCCUCGGCUUCCAUGCGCCCGACAGCAAGGACACGUACGAGGUGCUGCUCGACCGCUCAAGCUUCUGGCAGGGUGCUGGCGCGCCGCGCUCGCGCUCCUGGCUGCAGGCGCACGUCCCCUCGGUGUCCGACUUCGGCCCGCUCGCCUCGACGGCGUUCCCGCACACCAUCUCCUUUACGCGCUCCGACGACCCGCCAGUGCUGACGACGCACCCGCUGCGCCCGCCGAAGCCGGCGCCGGGAGCUGUCCUCUACUCGCGCUGGGUGCACAGCGUCAAGCAGCACCUGACGCUCACGCACAUCGACGCCAACAAUCCCGAGCACUUUGAGGCCUACUGCCGCUGGCAGAACAGCGACCGUGUCAACGUCGGCUGGCGCGAGAAGGGCGACGAGGCACACCACCGCAAGUACCACGCCGGCCGCCUGGCGGACCCGCACAUCAUGGGCUUCCUCGUCGCCUGGGACGGCGAGCUGGCGGGCUACGGCGAGGCGAGCUUCAACAAGGAGGAUGGCAUGGCUGCGUUCGCCGGCGGCAUGGGCGACUACGACCAGGGCACACAUCUGCUCAUCGGCGAGUCCAAGUUCCGCGGCCGUCACCGCUUUGCCGCACACAUGGUCAGCAUGAAGCACUUUGCCUUCCUGCGCGAGCCGCGGACGCAGAUCGUCAUUGGCGAGCCACGCGUGGACCUCAGCAUCGUGCCGCUUCUGCAAGCACACCUGCCGCAAGACCGCCGCAAGGUCCUGCCGCUGCCGCACAAGGACGCUGUGCUUUUUAUCCUGCACCGCGACCGCUUCUUCAUCGACGGCAUCUUCUUCUGAGCACGGACAUAGCUGCGCUAAUAGAUCAUCUGACUCGCG